CCCCAAUCAUAGUGAUCCCUCUUAGAUUUGCUUCUCCUAUAUUCCUUUCCCUCUUCAUGAACUUUUUCAUGGCGCCAUUUUCCUGCUUGAUUUUCCCGAGAAAAUCCUAGUGAUAUCCUAAGAGAAAACCAAAACAAAACCCACUUUGCAAAUUGCAUAUAUCUUGCUGAAGAUAUUCUAUUUCUUCGAAUAAUAAUAAUAAAAGUGUUUUCAUUAUGUCAAAGAUUGAUGUUCAUGUGAGUCUGAACCGGGCGGCACCACCGCAAAGCAGAGUGGAUGCCAACUUUCCGGAGGGUUUGAGAGUUCUUGUGGUUGAUGACAACGUUGUCUGCCUCAAAGUUGUCGCUGCUCUUCUCAACAAGUGUCGUUAUAAAGUUACGGUGACAACAAAAGCAACAGAAGCUCUUAAAAUGCUGAGGAAGAACAAAGAAAGCUAUGAUAUUGUGAUUACUGAUGUUAUAAUGCUUGAUAUGAACGGUUUCGAGCUUUUGGAGAUAAUAGGCCUUGAAAUGGACAUGCCAGUAAUAAUGAUGUCUGCAAACUAUGACCAAGAAUUGGUGAUGAAGGGGGUAACGCAUGGAGCUCGAGACUACCUGAUAAAGCCAGUUCGAUUGGAAGAAGUGAAGAAUAUUUGGCAGCAUGUGGUCCGGAAAAAUCUAUUUAAUACAAUGAAAUUUGGCACCAUGCAAGCACGAGCAAAUCAAAACCCCCCAAUUCCAUCUUCAAAGAGGCAGAGGGAAAAGAGCAAUGAGGAAGAAGAAGAAGAAGAAGAACAAGAACAAGAUGAUGAAACAAACACUCAUUCUAAUGAGGAAUCUUCUGCUCAGAAGAAGAAGAAGAAGAAGAGGGUAAUUUGGACUGCAGUGUUGCAUAACAAAUUUGUCAAUGCUGUUCAGCUACUAGGAGUAGAAAAAGCAGUUCCAAAGAAGAUACUCCAAAUCAUGAAUGAACCGAUGAUCCCUCGAAGUAGUGUUGCUAGCCACCUUUACAGGUGCAGAAAUGCCUUAAGGAAGGAGAACACAAAAGCUAAAAUGAGCCAAGAAAGCAAGGACAAUAUCGAUUCAAACAAAACAAACGGGCUUCUAUCCGAUACAAUCACCACAUCUUGUAUUAAUCAAGGCCUAAACACCAUCAAUCAUCACAAUAGAUUUGCAGAACAAUACAUGAGUACUGGGAUCACCUCAUUUGGUAGCCGACUUCAAACAUUUGGUGCUUCUACAUCAAAUGCAACACUCCUCCAACAAAACCAACUACCUCCCAAAGUAGUAGCAGAUCAAAUGCGCCCAACCGUGCUUGGAAGUGUCUCUCCAUCUCCAUUUUUUGAAUUGAAUGGGAUGAGGUUUCACUCUAUUAAUUCGGGAGCAAAGAUGUUUGAUGACAAUGUCAAGAUGUCUUCUUCUCAGCUUCCUAGCUUUAACACUGGACAAUCUGGUCCAAGUGGUAUGCCUGUUGGCUUUGGGCCAUAUUCAUCCUUUUCAAAUGCUUGGAGUUGCUUCAAGUCAAUUGAAUCCAAUUUUCGACCUGAUUCUCUUGCCAUGCUGCUUCCAUGGCAACAUGAAGGAAGAAAUUUAGCUAAUCUCAAAGUAAAAGAAGAACCAAUUGACUCAAUCCAAAAAGGGCAAUUUCCCGGAUGAUGACCUCCUUAGCAUUAUGUUUAGCAGCGAUUCAACUCCUAGGUCGUCAUCACAGGGCAUCCUAUUUUAAAUUGAAGCUAAUUUAUGAAAACAAAGAAGAAGAAGAUUUGUCGAUGCCUACACUGAUAGAAGAUUUUCCGUGUUCAUGAUUGUUUAGAGAUGCUUUCUAUAUUGUGAGAUUUGAAGAUUGAUGCUUUCUCUAUGGGAAAGCAAAUGAUAGUUUUUAAAGGGUUUAGACUGUGGUGUGAUUUACUGAUCGGAUAAAUCAUGAUUUAUUCUAGAUUUCUUUACAUUGUUAGA